AUGGCCUCUGGUAACCAUCUUCUCUCUGCAGCUUUGCUCCUGUUGGUAGCAUCCUUUUUCAUCUGUCAUGCCUAUGGGGUCACUGAAGAUGUCCUGGCCUCCAUUUGCUCCAACACCCAGAACCAGGAAAUCUGCGUGGAAAUAUUAGAAAGUGAUCCACGCACGAAAUCAGCAGACCUGCCUCUACUCUCAGCAAUAUCUUUAGAGCUAGCAAUGAAACGAGCUAGUAAAACUUUCGAUACUUUCUUGCAGUUUCGUGAUAAUUCUACUGACCCUGGCUUGAAAAGUUCUUACGGAAAAUGUGUGGAACUUUACCAGGACAUGAAAGACAAGCUCCAAGCUGAUCAGGAGUUGUCACGCAAGAAGCAGUUCAAGAAGAUCACUGAUCUGGGUGGAUUGACAACACUGGCUUACAAUUGUGAGAACGGGCUCCCUUCAGACUCACCAACUGGUGCCAUUACAGUCGAUAUGCUUCUCACCAUCCAGAGUGCAACUUAUGUCAAUCGAUUUGUUUCUCGAUCAGCUUAG